AUGGAGAAAAACAACCCAUUGUUGCCAUUUGCGUUCAGCACCUCGGCAGCAAAUGAACGUACUGCUUUGAACACAGAUCCUCGAGAAAGACAUGUCAUUGAUGAAAAUGCAGAGAGUAUGUAUCACACGAGAGGUAAACAGAAAAGAGUGCCGGCGCCUUUUCUAGCAAGCAUGCCUUCAAUGAAGAGACACGCUGGAGAGAGUUUCAACGAAAAGGACGACGUCAAGAAGCGUGACUUUGGCUCGUUUCCUCUGCAAGGUUUGACCAACCCACCUAUCGACACCGAUCCAGACGACUCUCAGUCCCAUGGUUUACCCAGUAGUCCUCCAGUGCUACCACACAUGUCUGAGUACGACCUUUCGACUUCCAAUUACAACAUGCCAGACUCUCCAGUGGAUACUUACAAUGUGGUUGGAGAGUUAACUACAUCGCCAGUCAAGCGACCUGCUAGAGCAACAGCAAACCAGAGCUCCGAGGCAGAUUUCGGUAUCGACCCAUUCAAUCGCUUCAAAACAUCCAGUUAUAUCCAUUGUCCGUCUACGGAUGCUGACAUGGGAGAUGCCAGCACUCAUACUGGGUCUGGAGAUGCUAAGGCUCGAGACUUGAUCCUUCAGGCUUUUGAAGAUGUGUCACCAUCAGUUAGUUUGGAGGGUAUGGGGUUAACUGAGAUUCCUGAACAAGUCAAAGACCUUGAGAAUUUGGUUAUCUUUGAUCCAGAACGUUCUACACAAGUUUUGCAUCAGCUUUAUCUAACCAACAACCGGCUACACUCCAUAAACCCUGCAUUAUUCAAGUUCACAAAGCUCAAUGUUCUCAGCUUGCGCCACAACAAGAUCGACCACAUACCGGGAGCAAUUUGCAACCUCAAGAACUUAGUGGAUUUAAAUAUUAGCUCCAAUCGGUUAGUUUACCUCCCCGCGCAGAUCCUAGAGCUUCCUCAAUUGGCAACGUUCCGAGCUGGUCCAAAUCCUUUUGAAGCCGUGCACGCCAAUGCAAUUGAAAUAGUCGACACAGUUGGCACCUGCCAAGAUCCUUGCCUCAGGUACAUUUCUAGAAUCAACUACUUCCAGAAGAAAGGCAUGGUCCCAACAUUGAAGACUCUAUGUCUCGAUGCGGUUGCAAGGUACGACGUAACAUACCGAGAAACAAAGUCAUGGAAGAAAACAAUGCCCAAGGUGCUUCACCCAUUCAUAGCCAAGGCUAUUUUGAAGCGUAACUACGAGGAACACUGUAAUGAGUGUAAUGUGUUUGUUGUUGAGCCAUAUGCGGAGGUUAUUGAGUGGUGGGACAUAUUGGCCAAUAAGGAGGUCCCUAUCAAGAGAGAAUUCUGUUCAGGUAAGUGUACUCUACGGUAUUGGAGACGACACGAGCAGGAUUACGCAAAUAAUUAG